UCCCUUUUCUCUGCCGCACCCUGUGGCCUCUCGGCUUUGGACUUGGGGGUUCACCCUGCCUCUAUAAAAGCCCUGUUUGUGCCCAAUGUGUGCUUCAUUCCCCAUCAUGGAAAGUCAGAGAGUCCAGUCCUCAUACAGAAAGCGCUAUGGGGCUCAGGGCUCAGGCAGCACAGGAGUCAGAAUUGGGAGCCUUUCUUCAGGCCGCUUCUCCUGGCAUGGCACCCCACGCAACCUCACCCACUCCAGCCCCAUGUCCCGGAUCUCCUUUGGCUCAACAAACACGGCCCUGCUCCUGGGGAGCCCUGUGGACCGGCUGGACUUCCCAGCUGAUUCCCUGCUGAAGGCCCAGUACAAGGAGACACGCACCAAUGAGAAAAUGGAGAUGAUGGGCCUGAAUGACCGCUUUGCCAGCUACAUAGAGAAGGUGCGCCUGUUGGAGCAGCAGAACAAGGUGCUGGUGGCAGAGCUGAACCAGCUGAAGGGGAAAGAGCCCAGCCGCCUGGGAGACAUCUACCAAGAGGAGCUGAGAGAGCUGCGCAGGCAGGUGGACGGUCUCACUACUGGCAAAGCUCGGCAGGAGAUAGAGAAGGACAACCUGGCUGCAGAUCUGACCAUGCUCAAGCAGAGAUUGCAAGAUGAGAUUGGCCUCCGACAGGAUGCAGAGAACAAUCUAAAUGCCUAUAGACAGGAUGUGGAUGAGGCGUCUCUCAAUCGUGUUCAGCUGGAGAGGAAGAUCGAUGCCCUGCAGGAUGAAAUCAACUUUCUAAAGAAGACUCAUGAAGAGGAGCUGCGUGAGUUACAGGAGAAGAUCAUGGCCCACCAGGUGCAUGUUGACUUGGAUGUAUCCAAACCAGACCUGACUGCUGCUCUAAGGGACAUCAGGGUCCAGUAUGAAACCAUGGCCACCUCAAACAUGCAGGAGACUGAGGACUGGUACCGAUCCAAGUUUGCUGACCUGACAGAUGCAGCCAAUCGAAAUGCAGAAGCCCUGCGUCAGGCCAAACAGGAAGCCAAUGAAUACCGGCGUCAGAUCCAAGUGUUGACCUGCGAUCUUGAGGCUCUCCGCGGAACAAACGAGUCUCUGGAACGCCAGCUCCGGGAGCUUGAGGACCGCUUCGCCAUGGAGACUACUGGUUACCAAGAUACAGUGAGCCAUCUGGAGGAGGACAUCCAUGCGCUGAAGGAGGAGAUGGCAAGACACCUGCAGGAGUACCAGGACCUUCUCAACGUCAAGCUGGCCCUGGAUAUUGAGAUUGCCACCUACAGGAAGCUGCUGGAGGGGGAGGAGAGCAGGAUAACUAUUCCGGUUCAGAGUUUUUCCAACCUGCAGUUUAGAGAAACCAGUCUGGACACUAAAACCCCAGAGGCCCACGUGAAGAGGAGCAUCCUGGUUCGAACUGUGGAGACCAGAGAUGGGGAGAUCAUUAAGGAAUCAACAACUGAACAUAAAGAUCUUCCGUAAAGUUCCGUCCUCGGUCAUGAUCUGAGGAUUACUUCAAUUUUGUUUUUUGUUUCCAAACCCCAAAGCUGCCUCAUCAGUUAUUACAUUAUUUCAUUUUUCUCCACUUUCAUCAUCACCUACCUGCAGGCUAAUCUGUUUACUGCCCCACAACCAUGACAUUCCCAUUGAAUGUCUGCAAGAAACAUCUAUGUUCAGCUUUUGUACAGCUGUGAGUAGGCUGUAGAUCACUCACCUUAAAUGGUCUGUAGCUUGUUCCGAUAAAAACUAAUGGAAAUCACUGGUAACCUGUAUACUUUUAAUUUAGACUGACAGACCAGAUUUUCAGAUUAGCGUUCUUAGAAGAUGCCUUAAAACAGUUGUGGAGUUGCGAGCUAAUAUCUUCAGCUAAUAUGUAGCAUGGUGGACGUAUGGUUAUGUGUAUGUGAAAUGUGGCAAGGGAAGUACAAGAGGAAGUUGUGGUUUUGCUGAUGUUUGAAUUGGACUUAGGGUGGGAAUGAGAGGUAUGUGUAUGUUAGAGCAGCUUUCGGCAGAACGACAGGUGAAUUGGGGCUGUUUUUAUUUAACCCUUGCCUGGUGCUAUUUUGAAUUACAUUCCUUUUGUAGUAGCAGCAGCCACCUCUGCUUGCGUGUUGCUGCUUAUAUUACCUGAAGGUUUUUUCAAUUAGGGCAACAUUGUGGCUCAUUAGAUGUGUGCUCAGAUUGGAGGUGAGUGGACCUAUUCUGGGAGAUUGCACAGAUCAUCAAACUCAUGUGUCCUUUUUCACACAACCCUCAACCUCACUAGGUGGCCAAAUAACCUGCUACGGCUGCUUUUUAUGGGUAAAGCUGCAAAACCAGGUUAUGACAAAUGUGUACGACAUACUGGACAGUCAGUGAUCUGUAGACAUUGUGAUUGAGUUUACUGUAUAUGUUUCUUUACUGACACCAGGGAAAAACUAGACAAAGCCCAAAGGUGCUCAAGAGUCAAGUAAGAUCUGUUGUCAAUGUCAAAAUCACAAGGACAUCAGACAAAGACAGCUGACAGGCAAUUGAGAGGAAAUCAAUGAGUCCAAAAUGAAUUAAAGGUAUGAUCUUUAAUAUGAGUUGUGGCAUCAGGAUUUUAGCGCAGUCAUUUGCAUAACAACCUGUUUUAGGUGUGUGUUUUUUUCACAUGACUGCACCAACAGCAGAGGCUGAAUGUUUGUAUGCUUUUGACUCUGAGGGCCGUGACCAUGGCAACUUUUACAGUGAUGUCACUUACAUACUGUUGCAUACUAAGAAUUGUCCCAUCAACAGCAAAACUAACAAUAGUCAGAGGAGUCUGUAUAAACCUACACAGUCCUGAGGGGAUGUCUAAUGAGCCCAAAUAUACAAGAACAACUUUCCCUUUAUAUCUGCUCUUCUGCAUCUUCCACCGCACACUCAGCUCUUGGUGUCCUCUCUUGAACACAACCUGAUAAGACAUUUAUUUGACACCAGGAUGCGUCAGGACAUGUCUACUUAUCUAGCAGGGCUGAUAGGGACAGAGCCAGGUGUGGAGUAGGUGUUCGGAAGAUGAUGAGUUGUCUUCCAGCCUCCAGUUAAUCCACCAACCUCCCUUCUCCAGUUUCUAUAGGGAUUAGCUGAUAGAGAGUGAGACACCGAGACAGCAGAGAAUGAGAUAACCUUCAAGAAAACCCACAGCACCAGAUAUCUUUAUUUGUUUUAUCUUGAAAGGGAGGAUUCUGGGGUAAAAAGUAAAAAGAGGGUGGGAGGCUGAUAGGAUGGACGGAUGUCAGCUUAAUCACUGCAAUCCAAAUCUCCCGCCUUGUUGGAAAUCCUGCUGAACGAAGCCGUGCUGACAGGCCCUGCCAUUAAUGAGUGGUGCUAGGCCGAAGCUGGCUGUCGCUGUGCUAGUCACCAAGGACACGCUGUGGACCUGGAUUCCCAUGUGCCUCACACCUUCUCCCCUGGCUCCACAUCUUCCACUUGUGUCACUCAACCCCUUCUCCUGUUUCUCCCAAUAACAUGCAACCCUCUCAUGUAUUCACUUUGUUUUUGAAUGUCGAUCUUAGAUAGAAUUUCGGACUCCUCGUCUUAUAGCAAAGACACAGAUGAAUCUUACUUUUUUUUUGGGGGGGGGGUAAGACACCUCUGCAGAUGUGAAUGUAACAUUAGUUUUGACCAGUGCUAUGCGCUAUGAUGUCAUGUUAACAACAUUAAAAUUUAGUUUGUUAG